CGUUGCUGUUUUCCAAAUGCACUUCCGUCGACCAACAGGCCUCCCUAUCAAGUACAGAUCCUUUGCGCUAGGGAAAUGCUUUUUCAACCUCGACUUCAUUCUAGAUGCGCCUUUCAUGAUUCUGCGAGCAUACAAAGACCUGGAUGGGAGGUCGUUUGCAGUACCUGCAUUGAACGAGUACCAAGUACUUGCAUGUUCGGGCCCAGAUAUUCAGUCAGUGAGUGAGGCCAGCGAGGACAAGUUAUCGUUCCAUGCUGCUAUGACCGACCGCCUUAAGCAUAAAUACACCAUGUUCGGCUUUGAGCACAAUGAUAUCGAUCCCCACAACGCUAUCCCAGGACGCACUAUCAAAGUCCUGCUUCGCAUCCACCUCCCUGCAAUUCGACCGAUGAUCGAGAAGAGAAUCAAUGAAGGCUUCAACUACAUGCUGGGUAGCAGCUCUCCGGACUCGGAUGGAUGGAUGAGUGUAUCCACUUUCGGCUUGGCUAGGAGUAUUACCGAACGUGUAAACGCUCAAAUCUGCCUGGGUACGGAGCUUGCGGAUUCACCAAAUUUCAUGGAGGCCGCUAGUAGAUACAGUCACGAUGCUAUACUAGCGGCUGAGAUCUGUCGACAGCUCCCUUCGGUUCUUACACCACUAAUUGCACCGGUAAUCAUGAAAUGGAGUGGCGCGAUGCACAAAGUCCAGGCGUCGCUUCAAAGAGUGGUUGAAGCGAGGAUUCAGGGGAGCAGCCGGGGUUCUAAUCAGCCUAUGGACUGUCUUCAAUGGAUCAUACAAUCCUCUCAUACCAACGCGCAAAGAGCCCCGGGGAGACUUUUGCAACAAGCGGGAGCGAUAUUCUUCGCCUCAUCACACCAAAUGCCAAUGGCUUUAGUCUAUGCAAUAUACACACUAUGCGUUAAUCCAGAGUAUGUCAAGCUUCUGCGAGAAGAAGCCAGUAGCAAACUGGACAAAGAAGCGAGCAACCCUUUCAAACGCCUAAUACUCUUGGAUGCCUUUUUACGGGAAUCAGCGAGACUGAACCCUUUAGACGCAUUAUCGAUUCAGAAGAAAGUGAUGCAGCCGUUUGACCUACCUAGCGGAGCACGGAUACCAGCCGGCAACCUUGUAGCAGUACCCCAACAAGCAAUACUCCGGAACGAGCAUUUGUACCCCGACCCCGAAUCGUUCAAUCCGUUUAGAUACCUUUCGCCGCCCGGUCAGCCACAAGCGAAGGAUUUCACAACAAGAUAUACUGACGUGAACACUUCUUAUCCUUACUGGGGAUCCCCAAGAAAACCAUGUCCUGGCAGAUGGUAUGUGUCGGAGACGAUGAAGCUAGCAAUUCUUCAUUUGAUAAUGAACUAUGACGUGAAGCUGGUUGACGAACAAGCACCGCGAUCUUUUUUUUGGACUACCGCACUGGUUCCUCGGAUGGACACGAAAAUACUUCUUAAAACACGGUCCAAAUAG